GACUUCAGUCGGAGCCACUCGCAACGAAACAUUUAGAGAGAGAGGAGGCUACAUCGUGGUGAUUUCAUCCUUGUACAUUGAAACGACUCAGUAUAUACCAUGAGCAAAGUGAAGGAUUCUCCAACGGACAAUGAGGCAGAAGAAGAAUUUAGUGUAGAGAAAGUCUUAGACAGAAGAAUCGUAAAAGGAAAAGUGGAAUAUUACUUAAAAUGGAAAGGAUAUUCCAACGAUGAAAACACAUGGGAGCCAGAAGAAAAUUUAGAUUGUCCGGAUCUGAUCGCUCAGUUUGAAGAACAACGGAAGAAAAAAGACGGAAGUGCAUCUGGGAAACGUCACGAAGAGAAGGAACAAAAGAAACGAAAAAGCAAUAACACACCGACGCCCACUCAGGCCAAGAAAAAAGCAGCAGUGGAAGAAAAGAAGCUGGAAGGUAAAGGAUUUGAUAGAAAUCUGGAGCCCGAGCGUAUUAUAGGAGCGACAGAUUCCAGCGGUGAAUUGAUGUUCUUAAUGAAAUGGAAAGGAACAGAUGAUGCAGAUCUGGUACCUGCACGCAUUGCUAACGAAAAGUGCCCACAGAUCGUGAUCAAAUUUUAUGAGGAACGACUCACAUGGCAUAGUCCAGCUCACGAUGACGAAAAUUCGACGAAACCUGACCCGGAGUAGCGCCCAGCGUUCUUUCAUGAUUUAUUUUUAUCAUUGCAAAGUAUUUCCCUGUAACAAUUAUCCUAGGUUAUUUACGAGUUUUUUAACUUUUGUAGGUAAAAAAUAAAUAUAUCAAAGAUUUUUCGAAUAUUAA